GGGGGAAAAGGUGCUGUGUAAGGUGAGACAGAAGUCUGGGCUUGGUUGCAAUAGCGUGACCAACCGGAAGAAGACCCCCUGCGCUCCUUCUCGCGGAACUGGUCCCGACGUUUGAGGCUGUUCAAGAUGUCCUACUCAUCGUCUCGCAGUUCCUCGCGUGCCAUGGACUGUAAGGUCUACGUAGGUGACCUGGGCAACGGUGCGGCCAAGGGCGAGCUGGAAAGGGCGUUCAGCUACUACGGUCCUUUACGCAGCGUUUGGGUUGCACGCAACCCUCCAGGGUUUGCAUUCGUGGAGUACGAAGAUCCCAGAGAUGCGGAGGAUGCAGUGAAAGGGAUGGAUGGAAAGGUGCUGUGCGGAGUCCGGAUCCGGGUGGAGAUGUCAAACGGUAUGACUAGAAAGUCUCGUUACGGCCGUCCCAGCCGCAAACAGUUUGACCCAAAUGACCGCUGUUACCAGUGCGGCGAGAGUGGACAUUACGCCUAUGACUGCUACCGCUUCAGCAAGAGAGGCCGUCGCAGUAGCAGGUCCCGGUCCCGGUCUCGCUCCAGGUCCCGGGGGCGGAGGUACCGUUCUCGAAGCCGAAGCUAUGAGAAGAGGUACCGCUCUCCUUCAUACUCCAAGCGUAGAAGCAGGUCUGCCUCCCCAGUGCGCUCUAGAUCCAGAAGCCCAGUAAGGAGGUCCAGGUCACCUGUCCGCAGGUCCAGAAGCCCAGUCAGGAGGUCCCGAACACCAGUCCGCAGGAACAGUCGAUCCAAAUCCCGCUCUAAGUCUCGGUCCCGUUCUGGAUCCAGACCUGGAGCUCGCAGCGUUUCGGGAUCCCGCUCUCGUUCCCGUUCAGCCAGUAACAAGAGGGACAGCCGUUCCAGGUCUGCCAGUCCGAGAAAGAGCCCCACUCCAGAUGCUGACUGACCGGAGUGAGGAGUGUGUGUCACCUCGUGCCCUGCCCUUCUCUGCCACCCCCCCCCCCCCCGCUCCGCUCAGGGCUUCAAGCCAUUUUACACUUUGUUUUAGGGUUUUUGUUUUUUUUUUUUUAUUUAAUGAACAACUCCCUUUCCUGGGCAACCCCUGGAUCUGCAGCAGUUAUAUGAAGGUCUGAUGUGAACUGUUAGUUGUAAUCACAAGGCCCAUUCAACGUCUCAGGCAGUUUACAGACCUUUUUAGUCAGUUUAAGGAAAAAUCCCGUACCCCUGCCCAAACCUGCCGCAUCUUUUUUCUUUCUUUUCUUUUUUGUUUGUUUCUCAUGUGUCUUAAUUCUUUUUAAAAGUAUAAAUGCACAUAUAUGGUUUAUGGUCUAGAGCCUGUUGACUGUGGUCUUUUGUGAAUUUGGAAUAAAGCAGCGGCAUGAUUGGACAGCAUCACACGCACUGAAGAGGAUGAACCAAUCAUGAAUUGCCAGAGCUGGUUGUGGAGUAGAAUGUUCUGUUUUUUUCCCUUUUUUUUGGGAAACUGCAAUGAUCUUUUUAAUAAAGUAAAUC